ACAAGCAAGUGGCCACCUUUGAGUGGAUGUUGGAAGAAAUAGCAGCCACAAGCAAGUAGUCACCUGUGUCAUCUUAUUCCGAUCCUAGCCCCUCCCAUCUCCAAUUCCUCGCUUCCUCCUCCCUUCUCUAGUUCUCUGAUCCUCAGCACUUAGCAUCAAGCUUAGCACACCGGCGAGAUGGCCUCCACCUCCACCUUCCUGUCCACCCUCGCCAGCAGGUCCGCGGCAGCCGAUAGCCUGCGCAGCGCCGUGCCGUCCUUCGCCAAGAUCGUCAGGUUCUUGCCCGCGCAGGCGCAGAUCAGCCGCAGGCGGCGCGCGGCGGUGCUGCCCACGCCGAGGGCGGCGGUGUCGGGCACCGAGAAGGCGCCGUCGAGCAAGCACGAGCGCGUGGUCAGGGUGCACAGCACCCAGGAGUUCGACGACGCGCUCAAGGCCGCCAAGAACCGGCUGGUGGUGGUGGAGUUCGCGGCGAGCGACAGCGAGGACAGCAGCCAGAUCUACCCGACCAUGGUGCAGCUCAGCCGCACCUGCGGCGACGUGGACUUCCUGCUGGUCCUGCGCGACGACGAGUCGGAGGCCACCGAGGAGCUGUUCCGCCGGGAGGGCGUCACGAAGGUGCCCCACUUCAACUUCUACAAGGGCGCCGAGAAGGUGCACGAGGAGGAGGCCAUCGGCCCCGAGCGGCUCGCGGGCGACGUCCUCUACUACGGCGACAGCCACUCGGCGGUGGUGCAGCUGCACUCGCGGGAGGACGUGGAGGCGCUCAUCGACGAGCACCGCGGCGACAAGGGCAAGCUCGUCGUGCUGGACGUGGGCCUCAAGCACUGCGGGCCCUGCGUCAAGGUGUACCCCACCGUGCUGAAGCUGUCGCGGUCCAUGGUCGACAACACCGUCUUCGCGCGCAUGAACGGCGACGAGAACGACAGCUGCAUGGAGUUCCUCAGGGCCAUGAAGAUCGUGGAGGUGCCCACUUUCGUCUUCAUCAGGGACGGCCAGAUCGUCGGCCGCUACGUCGGCUCCGGCAAGGGGGAGCUCGUCGGUGAGAUCCUCCGAUACAACGGCGUCAGGGUCACCUACUGAAGUGAAGUAGUGAACAACAAACCAGUCAGAGUCAGAGCAAGCGCAAGCCGACAAGCAACGCUUCGAUACAAAAUUGAAGACGAUACAAAAUUUUAGAUUACUGCGACAUCCAUCGACGAUUGGCCGAUGUUUAGACUGUUUAUUGUGUACCAUUACCAUACUUGCCCGUU